ACGCGUUGGAAUGAGCCUUCUCGCUUUCCGUAGUCAGGAGCGUGCAGCAUUGCGGAAACAGUCGCCUGUUUUCUUUACGUUUGUAUUUCCAGUAAAAGAACUUCCGUCAAGUUUUCGCAUUCGCUAAAAAAUACAGUGCUUCCUACAGCAGAAGAGUUGGAAGAAUUUGGACAUUAUUAUUUGCUGAUGCUAAUAAGCUACUUCGCUAGCUAGUUUAGCAACCUGCCACUGAGUGUAGGGCUGUGAUAAUAAGACUUGGCAUUAGCAAUGGUAAAACGCACAGUGCGCACUUGUGGGAUUAUAUUUUUUCUGUGUUUGCUGUUCGGAGACUUUGUGUGGGGAUGGUUUUACAACAACAACAACAACAACAACAACAUUCAAGACAAACAACAACACAAGCGCGUCAGUAAGGAGACACCGGACAGUGCGGACCAAAGCUGUUUUUGUCAUUUGACAGGCGUUUUGGACGACUGCUUCUGCGACAUUGAGAGCAUCGACGUCUUCAACAAUUUCAAGAUUUUUCCUCUCAUACGCAAGCUCAUUGAAAGAGACUUCUUUAGAUACUACAGGGUGAACCUGAAGCGUCCGUGUCCAUUCUGGCCCGAUGACGGCCACUGCUCUAUCAAGGACUGCCACGUGGAGCCCUGCCCGGAGAGCAAGAUCCCCGUGGGAAUUAAAUCAGGCAACUAUAAUAAGUAUUCUCUUGCUGCGAACACUAUCAGAGACAUUAAGGAAUGUGAACAGGCCCAUGAGCUGGGUGCCAUUAACAGUACACUGAGUAAUCAAAGUAAAGAGGCGUUUGAGGACUGGGCUCACCACGACGAUGCCCAGGAUCACUUCUGUGGCUUGGAUGACGAGACAUCUCCCGAUGCCGAGUAUGUGGAUCUACGGUUGAAUCCUGAACGCUACACCGGAUAUAAAGGACCCUCUGCGUGGAGAGUGUGGAACAGUAUCUACGAGGAGAACUGCUUCAAGCCAAGGUCAGUGUAUCGGCCUCUUAACCCCUUGACUCCAAGUCGUGGUGAUGAUGAUGGUGAAGGCUUUUACAACUGGCUGGAAGGAUUGUGUCUGGAGAAGAGAGUGUUCUACCGGCUUAUUUCUGGUCUCCACAGCAGCAUUAAUAUCCACCUGUCUGCUGAAUACCUCCUGGAUGAGGGCUGGGGGAAGACAUUGUGGGGUCCCAAUGUGCACGAGUUCCGCCGGAGGUUUGACUCGGCUGAAACCAAGGGCGAAGGAACACGCAGGCUGAAGAACCUUUACUUCCUGUACCUGAUCGAGCUGAGAGCGCUCUCCAAAGUGGCGCCGUAUUUCGAGCGCUCGUUCAUUAACCUGUACACCGGCAAUGCACAGGAAGACUCUGCUACCAAAGAGCUACUGCUGCAGAUUCUCAACGAGACCAAAGCUUUCCCCAUGCACUUUGAUGAGAGCUCCAUGUUUGCAGGCAACAAAAUGGAAGCCAAAAGGUUAAAGGAAGAGUUCAGGCUCCAUUUUAAGAACAUUUCUCGUAUAAUGGACUGUGUGGGCUGCAGUAAAUGUCGACUGUGGGGGAAGUUACAGACCCAAGGACUGGGCACCGCCCUCAGAAUCCUCUUCUCUGAGAAAGAGAUCAAGAAUCUUCCAGAAAACAGUCCCUCCAAAGGCUUCCAGCUCACACGCCAGGAGAUUGUAGCUUUGCUUAAUGGCUUUGGGAGACUCUCCACCAGUAUAAAAGAGCUGCACAACUUCAGAACGCUUCUAAAGGACCAGAGGUAACACACACCAAGGCCACCAGGUGGUGCCAGCCCAGAGGACACUGCUAUAGUCUCAUCUUCCUCAGAGGGAGGCCUUUAUCAGGGACUUUAGAAUUGAAUGUGGACAACAGGACACCCCUACCCACCACCCCCCACCCCCCGCUCUGUUCUGCUCUUCUCUGCUGCCCGGCUAACAGGAAAAAAAAAACUGCAGCUCACAGCACAGCAAACCACCAGCUUCUGAUUGAACAGGAAUCAGAGGCAGGACCAGAGUGCACACAUUUCCCAGUCGGUGAUUCAGACUUCACAGUUCUUUCUCUAUGGCUCCUCAGAAAGUUUUUUUUGUUUUUUCUCCCUGUUUUCAGGGUUUUUCUGUGUAUAUGUGUGUGUGUGUGUGAGAGAGAGAGAGAGAGAGAGCAGGAAUGUAGUAUGUUUGUGUGUCAGUGAGAGCUCAUACACAUAGGAGGUCAUUCCAGUGAGUAGUACGUAUGGCUUCUUGGAACGAUUACUAUUUUCCUAAAUAUUUUUAUGUGUUUAACACUUCAAUAGGCAAGUCACCAUAAAUUAUAAAUUGGCUUUCAUAUUAACAUGUAAUGCUGCCAAUUAGGACCAUAGGCUUUUUUUAUGUACUGAAAUAAGGAAAUGUAGCUUAUGUUACAACUCUGAGCAACUUAUAACAAGCAAUAUGGUUACAAUCUAGGAUGUCUUGAAAUUGUUGCAGUGACAACAAAUAUUUCUAGAAUGAUUGAACUUCAGUAUUAAUGUUAAAUACUCACUGGCUUGGUUUGCAAUCCAAAGCUUUUCUAAAAAAAGGAUCUCAUUUUUUGUGUUGGAUAUUUCAUGUUUAUUUGUGCUUUAUUUGUUUAUUUUUAACUAUAGAAGACUCACAUGUGAAGGAAUAUACUUGUGUGUGUGUGUGUGUGUGUGUGUCUGUGUAUGUGUGUUUCCUUCUUUAUUACAGUGGGUUUUGGUCCAAACACUUUACCCAUUUUGGCUCUCGUGUGAAGUCAGACCACUGUAAGUGUGUAAGUGGAAUCUGCCAUAUAUUUUCUGUACACAUGCAAACAAUACAGUCAGCUUAAGAAUUGUUGUCACCCUUCAUGAAAAUUCAUCAAGAAUUCAAGUAUAGAAUAAAACCCACAUGCAAGAAGUCAUUUCGAUGAUCAUGAUUGGAGCACUGCAUACUGUUGUCAUUUUAACACAAAACCUUUUCAAACACAAAACAUUCAUUAAGAGGAAAAUACAAUUUUUUGCAAAACAUAGAUUUGGAAAUUAUUGGCACCCCUACAGUUAAUAUUUGCUGAAGCUUCCCUUAGUCUGAGAAAGUCUGAAAGACAGAGAAUUUCAUGACACACCAUCUGGCUUUUUUUUUCUUCCAAUUUUACAGUUUCCUUAGGAAUGCCAAUAAUAUUUUUUACUUAACAAUAAUAUUGUUGCCACAGCCAUCCAUUGCUGGGAGUCCAAGAGAGCAAAAUUGGCCGUACUCUGUGCGUGGGAGGGAGGCAUAUUUACUCUCCCCUGUCAGUCACAGUAACACUAGCCAAUCGUGGGCAUCUGUGAGCUCAUGUAUGCCGAAGAGGGCAGAUGGUGCUUUCCUCUGAGUGUGUUAUGCUGCUCUGAGAAGCUGCGGUUGGCUUCGCAUGUCUCAGGGCAUGUGAGCAUGUGUUAGACUUCAGCCUCUCUGAUUGGUAGUGGUUGUGUGAUGGGGAUUGCUGGCUGGUGGGUGGGAUCUGACUAAAUUAGGGAGAAAAUGGGGUAACAUUUUUUUAAUUAUAUAUUUAUUUUAUUAUUUUUAUUUUUUACUUUUCAUUUUAUUUUAAUUUAUUAUUAAGAAAAAUAUUAACAUUAAUUAAAGCAAAGCUAAGAAGUUCCCCAAAAUGAGUAAGAACAACUAUUAAUUGUUGUGUUGUUUAGCUUCUAUGAUCAGUUUGGCUACUUUUCAUGAAGGGUGAUAAAACGACUUGAGUUCACUGCCAGUUUAUUGGGUGCACUUUCUAAGUAUAUCAUUACUGAUCUGUUGCCAUGUGUCAGCCCCUUGUACCCUGUCCAUCGGUGCAAAGGGAGCACCAUGGUACCGCCCCUAAUCAUAUUAUGUGUUUGGUGGUCAGUUACAGCAGUACAAUUAAUGUGGAUACAAGGUGUGUCUAAUAAACUGGCAGCUUAUUCAGUGUGUAUUCAUUUUUGCUCGUUCUCAUGAAGGAUGCCAAUAAUACUUGAGUUCACUCUACGUAGACCACUCGUCUAUGAUGUUCAUGUGGGAGAUUACUACCUGUAAUCGUGAAUAGAUCAGUGACUAAGAGCAGCUAUUUGUGUAUGUGUGUGUAGCGUUGCAUGAUUUAUAGAGCACCACAGCGUCCUGCGUGUUCCACUUGUCUGCCUUAACAUUACAGAAUACAAUUUGUAAAACAGCUCACAUACAGGAAACCUCUCUAUUAAAUAGAUUGUGUCUUUAGAGUUUGCUAUGUUCUUACAUUUUCUUAUCUUUUAAUCAAUGAACAGAAGGAUCAGCGAUGAAAAGAGGACUAAAAGCAACUCAAAAUGUGAUCCUUGCUAAAACUGAUUCCUUUUUAUGCUACAGUGAUUUCUGCCUUCUGUGCUUUAAAUGAGCAAUACCAGCGAUUAACUGAAAUGUUUAAGAAAGGAUUAUAAAUAUCAUAUUAACAUAGGAAAUAGUCUGAGUAAAAGACUUUUGCAGUACUGAGGAUCAUUAAUGCAAUGCAAUUAAUACAACAUUAAUGCAAUGACCUGACAGCAUCUGAGUUCACCUGAAGUCAGUCUGCAGUUGAUGAAUCACAAAUACGCUCCUUUAAAAUGAGCGGCUGGUGUGAGAUCUGACGUUUUUUUUUUUGUUUGUUUUUUUAAAUUAGCCCCAAUUGUGCACCAUUUGUAAAAGAAAGAUGUUUUUUCAGCUCUGUUCACUGUCUGUGUGCAUUAUAAUGGCUCAUUUGUUUAUUUGUGAACUUGUCAAUUCUAUUUAUUUAAAAGGAGGAAUAAAUCUGUCGGUUAUUCGA